CCUACAUCCUGGAAGGGCUGGGAUCUGCGUCACGCAAGGACCAGAACUAAGCAGGCACUGUGGCAGCAGCAUGGCCCCCUCGGAAGACCCCUGCACCUGGAGGGCCAGCCUCAAGGACACCAGCCUGGGGACAGACUUGGAGACCAGCUCUGGUGGGAAGCUGGGCCGCCAUCAGAAGGCCAUCCCUGCAGCUCACCUAACCUUCGUCAUCGACUGUGCCGAGGGGAAACAGCUGUCCCUGGCUGCACCCCCAGCGCCGCCCCAAGCCUCCAGUCCCAACAGAGGGCUCAUCGUCUCCCCAAUGAAGACUUACAUUGUGUUCUGUGGAGACAAGCAGCCCCACCUGACUCAGGAGACAACCCUGGGUGGGGGACAGCUUGUCCAAGGCAAGAAUGCCCUGCCACCCUGCAGAGAGGCUGUGACCUCAGCUUCCCUGCCGGGCAGCCCGCUCUGCUCCCAGGAGGCUCCUGAAGCCAAGGGAAAACCCUCGAAGGCUGCACCUGUCAAGUCAACGUGGGGAACCGUCAAGGGUUCACUUAAAGCUCUCUCCUCCUGCGUCUGUGGGCAGGCUGAUUAAGCGGGCAGGCCAGGCCAUGGGAGGAGGGGGUUGGCAUGCCAGGCUUCAACGCCAGGGGCUGCAGUUCCCCGCCCCGCCCCACCCCUGCCCAGUCAGGCAGGAGUCUUCUGUGCCUGAGCCAGAGAAAGUGCACCAGGUCCACUAAAGGUCAGCUGAGAAAGCCACUAAGUGCCUCUGCUUUCUCCUUCCUCUCAUCUCUGCUGGCCUUUUGGCAAUGCAAGGACAAGGCUCCCCAACGUGGAGACUAAUUCAUUCCUACAGCGAGUACUAAUGGCUCUGCAAAGUGCUAGGGAAGAUGCCACUGCUUUCUCAGACCUUGUAGUUUGGGCAUGGCGGAAGGGGAGAAGGGUUA